UUUUUCCACAAUCACUUUUCACAGAAUCGUCAAUACCCAAAAUUCGAUCGAACAAUCGCAGGAAGAAGUCGAGGAGAAAUCUCAUGGAGAAAUUGGAUUUAUCGAAGCUGAAGCUGGCGGGGGAGCGGUUGAAGACGAGCGGCGCGCAGAUGGGGAGAACAAUCAGCUCUAAAAUGAAGGAAAUCCUGCAAGCAGCCACACCGGAGUCGAAAGUCGUAGACGAGGCCACAUCGGAGCGCAUGGAGGAGCCAAACUGGGGGCUGAAUCUCCGCAUUUGCGCCAUGAUCAGUCGAGAGGAAUACGACGGUGCUGAGAUUGUGAAGGCGAUUAAGAAGAAGCUGGUCCUCGGGAAGAAUCCUGUGGUCCAGAGCUUAAGCCUCGAUUUGCUGGAAGCCUGCACUUCGAAUUGCGAGAAAGUGUUCUCCGAGGUGGCGUCGGAGAAGGUGCUCGAGGAUAUGGUGAAGCUGAUUGAAGAUCCGAGGACGGAUCACGGAGUUAGGGUUAGGGCGAUGCAGCUGAUUAGGGCUUGGGGAGAGUCAGAGGAUCUCGAGUACCUACCCAUUUUUCAUCAGACAUACAUGCUCAUGAAAUCGAGAGAAAUUCCUCCACCCCAACAUGAUGGAAGUGUACCUUCUGCGCCGCACAACCUGGAGUCUUAUCUUGGUCAAGAGCAAAUUGCACCUCCUGAGAGAUAUCCUAUUCCGAUAGCAGGUUCAGAGAACAAUGAAGAUGCCACUUUCAUCGGUUAUGGAUUUCAAUCAAUUGAAGAGAAGAAAGAGAUUCUUGUUGUGGCCCGAAAUAGUCUUGAUAUUCUAUCAAGCAUAUUGAAUUCUGAUGCUGAACCAAAAUCCCUCAAGGAUGAACUGACAACAAGUAUGUUGGAGAAAUGCAAGCAAUCUGUGCCUUCUGUUCAGAGAAUUGUCGAAACCACAUCUGAUGAUGAAGUAAUGCUCUUCGAUGCUCUAAACCUCCACGAUGAGCUUCAGGCUGUCAUUUCCAAGUAUGAUGAACUCGCUGCUGCACUGGAAUCUGGACAGCCAAAAAGCCAUAACGUCGAAGAAGAAGUUGCCGGUGACUCCAAUACAACUGAAUCUACUACUACUACUACUACUAUGUCACAACUGAGUGGUGGGCACAGCACGACAGAAAUGGCAAACUACACAAAAGUGAGCAGCAGUGAGCGAAAUGUUGACGGAGAUGGCGCUGAUAAGAGCAGGUGAGUGGCAUUGCUUUUCUAGGCAGGUUUGUAAUUAAUUAUUAAUGGUUUGAAAGGUUGUUUUCAUUUUACAUACAUACAUAUUGAUACAUAGAUGUUGGUAUGGUAUAUAUAUAUUCAACCUAUGUAGGGAGGCAAGUUUGUUUUGAUGGGGUGGAUGGAUGGAUGGAUCUAAACUAGUUAAACCUCUUUCUUUCUUUCUUUCUUGAGAAUUAUGGUGUUCUGUUGUGCUGUUUUUAUCCCCAAAUAUCAUUCCAUUCAACAGA